AUGGAAUUAGAGAAAAGAGAGAAGAAGAAAAAGUUGGAAUUAGAGAAAAGAGAGAGGAGAAAGAUAGGAGCAGAAAAGGAAAGAGAAAGAUAGAAGCAGAGAAAGGAGAGAAAGAUAGAAAGGAGGACACAUGUAUAGAAAAAACAAAGAAAACAGAGUCAGGCUCAGAGGAUCGUCCUCAACGUAGGGGGAACUAAAUUUCAAACCUCUGCGUCAACUCUGCAGGCUGAUCCGUCAUCAUUGCUCGCCCUCCUAGUAUCGCCUGAAUCUCCUAUGAAACCGUACGAGGUGGAAAGUAUAUAUACCUACUUCCUUGACCGCGACCCAAAACACUUUGGAUAAAUCCUA